CGUGAGACCGCCUCAAAUCUCUGAUCCAGUUUCCGAAGCUUCUGCGAAUCCGUGGCCUCUAGUUGGUGCAUCCGCCAGGCCUUCCGGGACCACCUCGUGCCCACAUCUGGGGUUCGGGACUUUUCGGGCUACCCGAAGAGGCAUUUGUUCUUCUUUUCGACCUUUCACGAUAACCACAGCCGCCUCGACUCGGUCCUCAGCCCCGACAUCACCCGUGGAACGGUGGAGUACGCAGUUCGACCUGGAAUUCCAACCCUCGCUGCGCCUUGGAUCGUGUCCAAAAUGAGCCCUGCGACAAACAUUCAUAUACCCCCCGUUUCCCCCGUCGAAACUGGACCUCUCUACUCAGAUUUCUUCCAACAGCAAGUUGCCAAGCAACGAAAUAAUAACUAUCAUUCUACCUCACUAAGAAACAUGGUUGCUGCUUCGGUCAAUCGCACUGCUCUGCACCCUGGUGGUGUUUUGCCAGGCAAGGGUCACACUGAGCUCGAGGAAGAACUCCACGAGCACGCCCACAUCGACUAUGACCGCGUUGCUAUUAUCGCCAACCCCGCCGUCCCUGCUCUCUACGAAGAUGCUCUGGUUUACGAGACUGGUACUGCUAUCACCUCCAGCGGUGCCCUGACUGCAUACUCUGGCGCCAAGACUGGCCGUUCUCCCUCAGACAAGCGUAUCGUUGAGGAAGAGUCAUCAAAGGAUGACAUUUGGUGGGGACCUGUCAACAAGCCUAUGACUCCUGAUGUCUGGCGUAUCAACCGUGAACGUGCCGUCGACUACCUCAACACCCGUAACCGCAUCUAUGUUAUUGAUGGUUUCGCCGGCUGGGAUGAGAGAUACCGUCUCAGUGUCCGCGUCGUCUGUGCUCGCGCCUACCAUGCUCUCUUCAUGCGCAACAUGCUUAUCCGCCCCUCUCAGGAGGAGCUGAAGCACUUCCACCCCGACUAUGUCAUCUACAAUGCCGGAUCUUUCCCUGCCAACCGCUUCACUGAGGGUAUGACCUCCGCCACAUCGGUUGCCAUCAACUUUGCCGAGAAGGAGAUGGUCAUCCUGGGUACCGAGUACGCUGGUGAGAUGAAGAAGGGUGUCUUCACUGUCCUCUUCUACGAGAUGCCCGUCAAGCACAACGUCCUGACCCUCCACUCCUCUGCCAACGAGGGUGAGAACGGCGAUGUCACCGUUUUCUUCGGUCUGUCGGGUACUGGCAAGACCACUCUCUCUGCCGACCCCAAGCGUGCUUUGAUCGGUGACGACGAGCACUGCUGGACUGACCGUGGUGUCUUCAACAUCGAAGGUGGCUGCUACGCCAAGUGCAUUGGCCUUUCUGCUGAGAAGGAGCCUGAUAUUUUCAACGCCAUCCGCUUCGGAUCCGUCCUGGAGAACGUUGUCUUCGACCCCAUCUCCCGUGUUGUCAACUACGACGACUGCACCCUCACUGAGAACACUCGCUGUGCCUACCCUAUCGAGUACAUUGACAACGCCAAGAUCCCCUGCUUGUCCGACAAGCACCCCACAAACAUCAUCCUCCUCACCUGCGAUGCCCGUGGUGUUCUCCCCCCGAUCUCCAAGCUCACCACCGAGCAGACCAUGUUCCACUUCAUCUCUGGUUACACCUCCAAGAUGGCUGGUACUGAGGACGGUGUGACCGAGCCCCAGGCCACCUUCUCCUCCUGCUUCGCCCAGCCCUUCCUGGCUCUGCACCCCAUGCGCUACGCUCGCAUGCUGGCGGACAAGAUCUCGCAGCACAAGGCCAAUGCCUGGCUUCUCAACACCGGCUGGGUUGGUGCUGGCGCCACCACCGGUGGCAAGCGCUGCCCGCUCAAGUACACCCGUGCCAUCCUGGACGCCAUCCACAACGGCUCGCUCAGCCAGGCCGAGUACGAGACCUACGAUGUGUUCAACCUGCACGUUCCCACGAGCUGCCCCGGUGUUCCUGCCGAGCUUCUGAACCCCAAGAACAGCUGGACCGCGUCGACCAGCUUCAAGGACGAAGUCAACAAGCUGGCCAGACUGUUCAACGAGAACUUCUCCAAGUACGCUGACCAAGCGACCAAGGAGGUCAUUGCGGCCGGUCCGGUGCCUCAGUAAAUUUCUGAUUCCCUUUUCCUUUUUCUUUGCUUCAUGAUAUCUUGCAUGGCGUGCUGCGUUCAAAUAUGGGUCAUAUGAAUUUUCCGAGUUACCUACCACAUGUGGCUUGCCCCGGCAG